AUGGAGGCUUACCUGCAGUAUAAAUCGUUUACUCCAACAGGCAAACCGACACAUCAACCAGUACAUGAGAAAGAUCUGGAGAACCCACAUCAUCUACAGAUAUACUUGGAUUUCGAUGAGAACGACAAACGGAAUCCUAAAAACUGGUCGGUAUGGUACAAAACGUUUGUCAUUGGGCAGUUAGCCUUCAUGACUCUCUCGUUGACCUUUGCGAGUUCGGUAUCUUCGGCUGCUGAAGAAGGGAUGAUACAAGAGUUUGGAUGUAGUACGAUCGCUGCUACUGCUAGUACAGGUUUGUUCUUGGUUGGUAUGGGAUUAGGUGCUAUGCCUAUGGCUCCUUUAUCAGAGCUGUAUGGAAGAUUACCAAUCUACCUGAUAACUAUGCUGCUUGCGACACUCUUCGAGAUAGCUUCAGCCUUAGCACCCAAUGUACCAGGACUGUUGAUACUCAGGUUGAUCGCCGGGUUCUGGUCUUCCGCGCCAUUAUCCAAUUCCGGGGGAACCUUGAACGAUAUAGGUGAUCCAGUACUAAGGACUAUCGCUUUACCCCUGUUCACUACUGCUGGAUUCGCCGGUCCAACCCUCGGUCCAAUCAUCGGUGGAUUCGUCUCACAAGCUCCGGGAUAUGGUUGGAGAUGGUGUUAUUGGGUGUGUGCGAUUUGGAAUGGUGUAGCAUUUUUAAUGUCCUCCUUGUUCAUGCCCGAGACACUCGCUCCGGCAUUGAUCAAAUACAAGGCCGUACAAUAUCGAUUGACUACAGGGGAAGAUGUAUGGAGAGCACCGAUAGAAGAUCAGGAUAUACAUAAAUUGACGGUCAAGUACCUGCAACGGCCAUUCAUAUUAUUGGGGAAAGAACCCAUCAUACAGCUCUUCGUGAUGUAUCUGACCAUCGUCUACAUCGUCCUGUAUGGUUUUUUCACUGCUUACCCCAUCAUCUUCCUCCAACAUGGAUUCACCUCUCGUACUGUAGGCUUGGCGUUUAUACCAGUCAUGGUCGGAUUCUUCAUCUUGAUGGGGUUCAAUGUACUCCAUUACAUCCGGUAUAAAAGACUAGCUUUAGAUGCGAAAGCAGGCAUCGAAAGGAGGGGGAUCCACGAAGGAAAGGUUGAACCUGAGGAAAGACUAGUACCUCUCAUGGCGUGUGCGAUCUUCUUCCCCGCCGGGAUGUUCUGGCUAGCUUGGACGUCUGGACCUCAUUUCAACGUUUGGGUACCGUUGAUAUCGGGUGUGAUUUUUGGUAUUGGGUUACUGUCGAUUUUUCAAGGCUCGACUCAAUACCUUAUCGAUGCCUAUGGACCUUAUGCAGCCUCAGCGCUUGCGGGUUCCACUCUGAUCCGAUACGCUGUUGCUGGACUGGUCGCACUGGCAUUCCCAAAGGCGUAUGAGACUUUGGGUGAUCAAUGGGCAACAUCACUUUUCGCAUUCAUGGGACUGGCGCUGACCCCAGUGCCAUUCUUUUUCUAUAUCUACGGUCGACAUGUCCGUGCCAAAUGUAUAUAUACUGUCAGGGAUUAG